AUGGGACAUUUAUCCUAUCAGUGUGGCAGACUUCUUGAAGACGAAAAGAUGAUGUCAUUUCUGCAAAAUGAAAAUUAUGAUGUUGCGGUUCUCGAUGCAUUAAAUCCCUGUUCAUUCAUUCUGGCACGUAAACUGGGUAUUCGGUACAUUGCGUUCUAUCCUGGUGCUUUGAAUGGGCCGCUCUCCAUUGGCCUUCCCAGUCCGAUCUCCUAUGUACCAGUCUUCAACUCUGAGCUCACACACCACAUGAACUUAUGGGGUCGAAUGAAGAAUCUGUUUUAUUUUUUCCUUGCACCAGUAGGUCAGGCUCUUGUUUGGUCCAGAUUUAGUGACGUUGUCGCACAGCACCUUGAACAGCCCCCUAGUGGAUUGGAUGAGUUACAUCAAGGAGCAGAACUAUGGACAUUUAACACUGACUUCUCCCUGGAGUUUCCUCAGCCUCUAAUGCCCUUUACUGUGCUGGUGGGAGGAGUCCUCAAUAAACCUGCUAAGCCUCUACAACAGGACUUUAAUUCAUGGAUUACAAACCUUAAAGAACCAUGUUUCAUUGUGGUUACACUGGGGUCGAUGGUGUCUUCUGUGUCUGUGGACUCGCUCAUCACUGAGCUGGUGGCUGGCUUCUCUAGUGUUCCUCAAGGAGUUAUCUGGAGGUAUGACACCAAACUAUGGCCGUCUCACAUAGACAUACCUCCUAAUGUUAAGAUUGUGGAUUGGCUUCCUUUGAAUGACUUACUAGGCCAUCCAAAAGUCUGCCUCUUCAUCACCCACGGGGGGCAGAACAGUCUCCUCCAGGCAGUGUACCACGCAGUCCCCGUCUUGGGCAUUCCUCUGUUUGGAGAUCAGUUUGAUAAUGUAGUGAAGGCAGAAGCGAAGGGCCUCGGACUCAUCAUUAAACCUACUCACAUCACACGCGGUCGUCUCAGCUCUACCAUUCAAACUCUUAUACGAGACAGCAGAUUUAAGUCAUCUGCUUUGUCAUUGAGCGCGCUCCAUAAGUCCCAGCCCGUACCUCCUGCUCAGAGGUUUGUGCUGUGGGUGGAUCACGUCCUGCAGAGUGGAAGUGGACUGCAUCUAAAGCCUGUGGCUCUGGGUCAGCCCUGGUACCAGAGGAACCUACUGGAUAUCAUGAUGCUCCUGACAUUGCAGGUGCCAGUAAGUCUUCCUCCAACUCGCACGCAAUCCAGAGUGGUCUGA